AGCGCAGUGACAAUUCUGCUCGAUCAAUGGACAUUUAAUCGGAGACCCAAUGAAGAAAGUUCGUCGUAGCCAAAAGCACACGAAAUUUGUGCUGUGCAUUGAACAUCACCGGGCCGGCUUGCACCAGAUUAUCGCUAAAGCCCCAGCUACCAGCGUAGCUGAAUAAUGUCGAUGGCCAUCCAGGCCUGCUCUUCUGGGCUCCAAUUAUGCAGAUUCCCUCUCGGGCAAGAGUUGGCCCGUGGAAAUGAGUGGAAGGGAGCCAACUUCCCGACUCAAGUGCUGCGAAUGAGACGUGCAGCUGCGGGCGUUGAAUUCCUACGGUUUUCUUCAUGUGCUGGUUUUGAUGUUUCCCAGAGCUUUCCAGGAAACGAGGGAUUGGGGAUCGUCAUAACAGGAGGCACCAGCGGUCUCGGAUUCGCCCUAGCCCGAAAAUUUUUGGAGUCGAAGGACAGAGUGGUGAUUUGCGGACGAGAUGAGAUGCGGCUGAAUAGGGCAAUCCAUGCGUUGCAAGUGGACAUCCAGGGAGCAAACAUUGAAGGAGUGGUCUGCGAUGUGUCAAGGCCCUCAGACGUGGGAAGGUUGGCUUCAUUCGCCUCGGAAAAAUUGGGAAUCAUUGAUCGCUGGCUCAACAAUGCCGGAGAGGUGACGUCCAAGAAACUGCUGGCGGAUGUGGAGGCCGACGAGAUCAUUCGCGUCAGUGGAACAAACGUGAUAGGAUCUUUGUUGUGCUGUAGAGAAGCCAUUCGAAUAAUGCGAGAUCAACCAGCAAGCGUCGUCCCGAGCUAUCACAUCUUCAAUAUGGGAUUUUCACAAUGGGGAGCCAAAUUCACUAAAUCUGCAUGCACUCACAAAGCAACGAAGAUUGCUCUCACCCAGCUGACAGAAUCAUUAUCCGAGGAGCUGAAGGCUUCAGGCAUCUCCAGCAUCGGCGUGCACAAUUUAUCUCCGGGGUUGGUUCUUACGGACUUACUGCUCAAAGAUUCGACCCCGGUAGCACGCCGCUUCUUCAACACGCUUGCAGAGGAGCCCGACACUGCUGCCACCAUUUUAGCUCCUCAAAUACGUUCUGUGCAAGGCUCCAAACAGAGCCUCGAAGUUCUGUCUCCUCUAUCUGCCGUUUUGAAGGUUGUCACAGGCUUUCCGCAGAUCAUCUCCGGGGGUCGCUUCUUUGACAAAGAAGGUAAUCGAGUUGCGGUCACAGGUAAGAGAUACAAAGACAACGGUGUAGAGGUUCUGUUUUGAAUGGUCCAUUACGUGUCUGAUGAAGGAGAAGCUCACAGAUUAGACUGACAGCUUUGCUUCAUUACGAUAAAGAUUCACCCAUGGAGCUGCCCGGUACAAUCUUCUGAACAAAUGUUGGACCGAUUGGAGAUGAAUUGACAUGAUGGUCAUCGUCGAUGAGCAAAUGAUUGUCAGAAACAUGCUUGAACGAAAAGCUGGGGAAUCUAAACUCCUUUGAUACUCUAGGACAAUUCUGGCAGAAUUUACCAGAUGAUGGGUCCUCGGCAUUAAUACGAACUUCUCCGAGUUUGAUCGGUUGCAACUUCAGUUAUAAGAAGUGUCCACAUAAGGAUUCUUUACAGCACUGACAUUUUCACUCGUGCAGUAUUCUUGUCUAUAGUCCAGUUGCCGGAUGUAAACGGAAGAAAUUCCCUUGUAGUGGAAUGAUUUCCAGAAGCUGACGAUCCAUAGUUCUGUUAAUCUUGCAUCGUGUGACAGUAGUCACUGAUUCUGUAGUAUAAGCUUCGUGAUUACAAGAUAUCCUCUAAGCAUGCUCAGUGAGAUUGCAUGCAGAUGUAAACGAUUCCUGAGGACUUUCACUUUGACCUUUCAAACGUGUUUACACAAUGGAACGAUAAGUUG